AGGCCUGCCUCCGAAAGAUCUUUGGCGUGUAUCUCACGCCGAAACCCGUUGAUUCCCCUUCAACGACGACUGAACAUUGCAAAUCACCAUGCCACCCAGGCUUCAAAUACUGCCUACCCAGUGGCAGCGCCCACUUUCGAAACCCCUAGCCGCCGUCUCGUCUCUUUCCCUCCUUUUUCCUCAGCUUCAGCAACAAAGCCGCAAUGCUCACAUCCUAGCUUCCCUUUCCGAUACCCCGGGUGCCUAUAACAAGCGGAUCAGGAGAGGUCGCGGUCCAGCAUCAGGGAAAGGUAAGACCUCCGGAAGAGGUCAUAAGGGUCAGAAGCAGCACGGAAAGGUCCCGGCUAGAUUCAAUGGUGGUCAGACAGCAGAAAUUAUUGUUCAUGGCGAGAGAGGGUUCAAUAAUGUGUUCUCUCUUGACCUCGCCCCGGUCAACCUCGACCGCAUCCAAGAAUGGAUCGACCAAGGCCGCAUCGACCCUGCUCGGCCCAUCACCAUCCGCGAGCUGGCCCAAUCACGCUGCAUCCACCAAACAAAAGAAGGAGUAAAGCUUCUCGGUCGAGGCGCUGAAUCUACCCUCAAACAACCCAUCCAUAUCGUCGUUUCUCGCGCCUCAGCAAGCGCUAUUGCUGCUGUUGAGGCUGCGGGUGGAUCCGUUACUACCAGAUUCUACACCAAGUCGGCAAUCGCACGUAUCAUGCGCCGUGAGACGCACCCGUUCGUGUCUACGGCCUGGACAAAGGAGAGUGGUAGCGAGGGAUUGAACAACGCCGAGGGAGCUGAGAACCUGACCGAGUCUGCCAUUAUGAAGGAGAUGGGCUUCCAGUAUAGGCUGCCCGACCCGACGAAGAGAAAGGAUAUCGAGUACUACCGUGAUCCUGCUCACAGGGGCUAUCUGAGCCAUUUGUUGAAGCCUAUGGAGGGACCCAGUCUGUUCUUCCGCUCGCCGGUUGAGAGGAAGACUGCUGCUGGUGUUAAGAAGGAGAAGGUCUUGCCCGAGAACAGACUUUGGUAAUUUGCUGCUUGUGAAGAGUUUCAUUAACAAUAUGCUUGGGGAUGAUCAGCAAGCCUCAUCCAACGGAGAACUUUGCAUGUCCCUUUAUCAGCCUGGUGAUGGCCGA